GUGCCGGCGCGCGCGCAUCGGCUGCAGUCAGUGCAUUAUGGCCGCGCGCGCCGCUCUCGCGCUCGCCGCGCUCGUUGUGAUCGCGUCUGCGCAGCCAACAUACGUGUACGUCCGAGAAGACCCGAACGUCAAUGACGUCGACGACGUCGAACUCGACGUCGAACAACGUCAAACGACGCAGCUGCGUGACGAACUGCGUUCCGCCAGGGACGACGCUCUGCUGCUUUACACGGAGUAUUCGGCCAAAGUGGGGAUGGACAUGAAGACUUUUAUCAAGGAGAUGAUGCUAUUGAAGGAAGAGACGAAAAAAGGGGUAGAAGAUACGUUGAAGAAUGCUCCAGAACAUUGCACGUCAAAAUUCGACCUGAGCGUAGCAGAGGCGGUGCGAGACGCACGACGUGCGGCCACAUUCAGUGCCGAGAACCAUCAUAAGUUCCUGCUAGGACACAUGGUUGUGUUCCGAAUGCAUCUCAACAAGAGUGACGAUUAUAUCAAGAAAUGUGACAAGAUGUUUUUGGACUGCGGAGUGGCAUGUGAGACGAUGCCCCGCAUGAAACGCUGGCGCAACCUCGCGCACCAAGAGAUCAACCGAGUUCGCGACGACAUACUCCACUCCCGCCACGCGUACAAAGACCUGGUUGCGCACGCGACGCGCAAGCUCAACCACGUGCGGAAACACACGAGGGCUCGCGCCGACAAGGCUGUUGAGGAGUUAGAGAAGUGUAUCAAAUCGUAAAAAAAUACUUAUAUUUUGUGCAUUCCGACGAGCGGUGACAGCAUUGUAUUUUUAUCAUCUAUCAUCACGCCUUUUCCGCACGAAUAUACUUCUUAGGAAGUGACAGGCUUGGUGACAGGUGAUAAUAGUACAUUACGAUACAAGUGCGUAAAAAAGGAAGUUCGAAACGAGUGACGAUAAAUUAAAAUACGACCGAAGGGAGUGUUUUAAAUCGACACGAGUUACGAAUUUCCUUUUCGCACGUG